AGUGUAAGUUAGUUCAAAGUCGACCACGAUGAAUGUUUUUUUUAUGUUCACAGUUAUAUUUGUUCAUUGUGACAUAGAAAAAAAACACCAGGGAUAUUGAUUUGGGAGAAUACAAAAAGGUAUUGAUCCAAAGUCUAGUGUCACAAUACGCACACUUCCUGGUCAUAUGCGAUUGUAUUAUGCCCACACAGCCAGUUUCAUUUGAUCGUCUCCUUUCACAAAAAUCUUUGAACGCGAGUAGGUGCCAUUAUUGUGUGAACUGCUAUUAACCAUGGCUUCAAUUCUGGAUGUUAUCAUGUACAUCGGUAUAGGAAACCUACUGGCCGCCAUCUCUUUAUGUCUUCUCAUCUUCUGGUAUAUCCGCACCAACUACUUGACCUCAUUCUAUUACCGUCUUCCUCCUGGACCCCCGGCCAUUCCUCAUCCUUUCGAUGGUCUCAUGGCAUUGUUCCCUGUUAAGGAUAGGUUUGGACGUUUGGUGCAACUCAAUAAGAGAUAUGGUGACAUUGUUUGUCUCCAGCUUGGCUCCAAAAUCAUGACCAUGAUUUCCAGCCCAGGUCUGAUUAAAGAACUUCUGGUCAAACAAGCCGAUGUUACUUCUAACAGACUACCACCUCCGUUCUUUACUCAUGUCAUAGAUUAUACAGGGGGCAUCAUAUUCACUGACGGGGAACCGUGGCAAGAACUCCGUAGAUUUAGUCUCUCUGCUCUCCGGAACUUCGGCAUGGGUCGGAAAGGCAUCGAGUCACGGAUACAGGAAGAGGCACACACCCUCUGUAAUGCGUUUUCCCAACAAUCGGGAGAAGCGUUCGACGCUAUGCAUUUUACCAAUGCAGCCGUAUCCAACAUCAUCUGCAGUAUCACCUUCGGCAGGCGAUUGGAGUAUGAUGAUCCUGUCUUCAUUGACAUGAUCCAGAGACUUAGAAACCUUACAGGAGGAAUGGGGAUAACCCCUAUCAUUCGUGAGCUCAUUGGAAGAUUCCCCAUUCUCCUCAAGACUCCUAUAUUAAAGAUGCCCAAAGAAAACAUAUUGGGCAUAAAGAACUUCAUCAACGCAGAGGUGAGAGAACACGUUGAGAGCUACGACUCUACAGACAUCCGGGACAUCAUUGAUAUGUACCUGGCAGAAGCAGAUCGAUUGGAGGAAAUCAAGGCCACCAAACCGUACCUAACUAAAGACGACAUCUGGAUGUGUGUUUUCGAUCUGUUCUUCGCAGGAACCGAGACGACAUCUUCGUCAUUACUUUGGUUUAUUCUCGUUAUGGCAAGCAAACCCGAUGUACAAGAUAAGGUGAUGAGUGAGAUCGAUCGUGUCGUAGGUCGGGAGAGGGCGCCGUGCUUCGACGAUCGCAAGGACCUGCCGUAUGUCGACGCAACUAUAACAGAGGUCCUCCGGUUUCGACCUGUUGCGCCGGUUGGCGUGGGACAUGUGACCGCCAAAGACGUCAAAAUCAGGGAAUACACCAUUCCAAAACAUACAGAGAUUUUUAUCAAUAUCCUUGCUAUUCACCUGGAUCCAAAUCUAUGGGACAAACCAGAGGAGUUUGACCCUGAACGUUUCCUGGGGGAAGAUGGGAAGAUUGUUCUCAAACAGGAUGCAUUCACUGUAUUCGGAGCAGGUCGACGUGUGUGCCUUGGGGAACAACUGGCCCGGAUGGAAUUUUUCCUCUUCGCGACAACCCUCAUGCAGCGAUUUCGAUUUCAAUUACCUGAAGGCGAUUCAGCUGACUUUGGCUUUGAACAUUGUCUUGGUACCAUUGCACCCAAGAGAUAUAAAGUCUUGGCCCAUGAACGAUAGUUCUAUAGUUUUUUUUUAUUUUUUAUCUUUACAAAGACUCUUGUGCAAUUGUGGCAGUUCGUAUUUCUCCGUUUCCUCAUGGGGUAAAAGCCCCCUCACACCUGACCGAAUGUAGGCAGACGAAGGGUGACAAAUGGGGAAAAUACACGCGAAUUCAACGAAUUUAAAUAAAAUUUCCGUCAAAUCUUGCGAUCAGUAUCUAUUGUCAAAUUUUAUCAACGAACGGUAAGCGAAGGAUAAAUAUGACAUGCAAAGGAUGUCGAUUUUCAGUCACCUCUUUGAGUAAAUUGCAGCAGAAUGCGAGCGAAGGGAUUGAUAUAACCCAAUAAGACGAACGAACAGUGAGCAAUGGUUUGUUAUGGCGUGCGAUUAGAAACGAAGACGAGGGAAUAGAUCGGGCGUUCUUGUACGUUUGUGUCAUCGUGUUGCUUCGUUAAGGGUUCUUUCGAGAUCGGUCCACUUUGGCAAAAGCGCGAUGAGGGACUAUGCGCGUCAAUAACACACGAGCGAUAAACGAACGAUUACCGCAGACUAAAUAAGAGAUGCGAAUUCAAACAGAUCGUCGGCGGUCUUCCGAACCGUCGUAUCACACAUACGACGGUGCAAACCCAUUUCAGAGAAAAUCGACUUCAAAGUUUACUCUAAUUUUCACACUUAGUUCCCCAGCCUUACAGCAUAUUCAUUGCUAGAAAAAUACAUGGUUGGAAAGACCAAGACAAUUGCUUGACGAUGGUAUCCUUAUUUUUACACAAAAGUAAGGAUCAGAUAAAAUAUCGCAAAAGAGCUACAUGCUUGUAAUUUCGGUUCGAGCGGUUUAGAUUUCUCCCGUACAAAAACGCCAUAGGGAAUACAACCCUGACCGCGAUUUCAAUGCGCGCGGUCAGUCAAAACGUCGUAUCGCUUUUCACGUGCAAAGUCAAUGCAGU